AAGGCCUGCUGCUCCGUAUUAUUUUCGCUUCUCUCUGCCUACGCAUACACAAGCAGCGCAGCCGCAGAUCGGUAGAGCCGGCAGCAGCCUAGCAGGAGCUCGCUGCUCGGAGGAGGCGGCCGCGAAUCGCCCCUCUCUACCCGGCCCAACAAGUCCCAGCGCUACCCGAGCCUUCACGGCCUCUCUUCCUCCCGUCUCAACCCUCGCGGCGGCGGCGGCGGUGGCUUGUUCUCUCUGCCCCUCGUCACCCUCCUGCCUUCUUCCCUUCCCUCCUCUCUUGGCCUGAUUCGCACCACGAAACCCUAGCACGCACCCAAACAAUCCGCAGCGCUACUGAUCCCUACAGCCAUGCAUCUCACUCUCGAAUUCGGGGGCGGCUUGGAGCUGCUCCUGGAGAAGUCCACCAAGGUGCACAAGGUGGAUUGCCAGCCCACCAUGGACGGCAGCGAAGGGGGCAAGGCCACCAUGAAGGGGCUGCUUUCGUGGGUGAAAUCCAAUUUGAUCAAGGAGCGUCCGGAGAUGUUCAUCAAGGGUGACUCCGUGAGACCUGGUGUUCUUGUCCUUAUCAAUGACUGCGACUGGGAGCUGUGUGGUGGCCUUGAUGCAGAGUUGGAAGAUAAGGAUGUGGUUGUCUUCAUCUCCACACUACACGGUGGAUAAUCUUAUUAUUGAAACAACCAGGACUGCAAGCGGAAUGCAUAUUAUACUGUAGGAAACGGAUGUCAAGAUAUUGGAUUUUGCGACAUGUGGAAAACAAACUACAUGUAUUGUAUUAUUUUUUUUCAAUGCCACUGUAAUCUCCUUGUUUCACUAUCUAAAAUGGAGACCUACUCGUGACCAUUGACAGCAAUUCAUCUCUUGUCAGAUGUUGACUUGUCUGUCACUAAUCUGCAUCUGAAAUUCUGAAUAUGGGUCCCUUUAUACA